AGGCUCUCGAUCGGAUCCACAGUGAUUCUGCCCUGCUGGAUCUCUCCUCCGGAGAACGCUGAAGCUCUGGAGAUACGCUGGUACCGUCAUGAUCAGUUCAACAACCCCAUCGUCUUCUAUCGUGACGGGAAGAUCCAGGACAUCCAGGAGUGUUUCAAGAACCGAAGCUCUUUGUCUCCACGCUCAGAUCAGUCUGGUGGACUGAAGGAUGGAGACGUCUCUCUACGGCUGGAGAAACUCACAUUUCAGGAUGAAGGUUCAUUUCACUGUUAUGUGAGUGGAGACAGUUCAUACAGCAGCAAAGUCGUAGACCUCAAAAUCACCGAAUGGAGUUCGUUCUCCGAUCUACCUGAUUCGUCCGGUCCAUGGAAGGCUCUUUUCUUCUCGCUCCUCAUCUUUGCUCUUCUGGCUUUGGUUGGGUUGAUCCUCUAUAAAUACAGAGACAAACUAAAAGGAACGAAACCAGCUAAAGAAAAAGACAUAAAUAUAGAAGAACUGAGGAAACAUGCAGUUGAGGUCACUAUUGACCCUGAAUGUUCACAUCCAGAGCUGAAGCUUUCUCAGGACUGUAAAAUGGUGAGGAACGGUCCAGAAUAUAGUCCAAGUGGAGAUGGAUUUUCUUAUGAAUUAUGUGCAUUUGGAGCUCAAAGAUUCACUUCUGGUCUUCACUAUUGGGAGGUAAAACUAGCACAAACAGGUAUAUCUCCUAAAAACUACUGGUUAAUUGGUGUGGCGAAAGAUGGAAGCUUUACUUCAAGAGACAGAUCUGCUUUAACUCCAUCAGCCGGUUUCUGGUUCUUGUGUUCAGAUGGUCCUAAUGGCUUUUACACCAACACUGAUCCACCAGUUAAACUCUCACUGACACUGAGACCUGAACGACUGGGAGUUCUGUUAGAUUAUGAUGAAGGUCAGCUGUCAUUUUACAACGUGACAGAGAGUAAACAUCUCCUGACCAUCAGCAGCAUAUUCUCUGGACCAGUCGUUCCUCUCUUUAAUCCUGGAGUUGGAGAUCAGGGAGUGCUUGAAAUUCUGGAUUGCCCCAUAUUUAUAGAGUCAAGUCAGCUUUUACAGAGUAUGCACAGCUAAGACUGACCUGACAGACCACUGUUGUUCUGUACUGUACGUGAAGAAGGUCAAAAACACUAAUCUUCAUCCAAUGUUAAGAUCAGGUGUUAGAUUACCAGGCUACUUGCAUGAAGAUGAUGUAAGUUUCAUGUAUUUGGUGUUAGGGUCAAACACAUCUGACAAAUCUCGGGUUAGGGUUAACUACAAAUAUAUUUAUGCGUCAUUCUUAUGUACUAAACUACGUAUGUGUUACAUGCAUGUGGAAAAAUCAGGAACAGUCUUGCUUAUCCAACACUGUGCUCUUUCCUUUUUCACAAAAACAGUGGAAUUAUUUAAUGGAAUGAGAGCAAUGGACAUGUUCUAUCUACAGAGAUGAUGAAGUGAAUGGAUUUAGAGUCUCUGACAAACAAUAAAUGGUCUUUCUCAAGCACUGAACUCUUUUCCAUAAUGGAGACUGGGACUAUUUUAAUGUCCUCGUCUCUUUUCUUGCUUAGAUCCCAUCUUGUGAGGACUAAUUCUUUCCGUGUGACAUACCCAUGAAGUUUUUUGAUUUUGCAGGAUUCAGAGUCAGACCACAUUCUGUUCAUGACAGCAUGCAGGUGUUGAAAAUGAGACACUUGUAUCUGUUUACUCCAUUGUCAACCGUAGAUAUUGUGGUGUGAUAACAUUUAACAUCCAGAUUUGCUGAAGAUCUCCGAUCCGUUCAUGCUUUGUAGAAAUUCAUCUACUGUAGGAAUGGGGUAUCUAUCUCUUUCUCGAUUGGCUUGUCACAUGUCAAAACAAAGUCUGAUUUCAGAAUUGGCUUUUCGUACAAUUACAACUGGUCCUUUUACUUCCUCAAUAAAGUCUAUUCCUAGGAGUCCUUUUAUCCUUUAUCCUUUAUCUUUAAACCUUUAUAUGCUCCCUUUAGGUGCUAUUUUUGAUAUGACUCUCAGAUUUAUUUACCACUGAAAUAUGGGCAAAAGUUUACCAUUUGAUUUCUGCAUGACUAUCUGACUGAAGUUAAAUGCUGGUUGGCAAAUAAUUUUGUCCAACUAAAUUAGGAUAAAACAGGUGAUUUUAUUUAGUAACAAGGUUUGUAUAAAGUGCUUAUGAUUGCCUGGAGAAACCUUGGUGUUACUUUUCACUUAAAUUUGACCGUCAAAUCAAUGCUGUGGUUAAGAAUAGCUUUUUCCACCUUAGAUCCAUAUCUAAAUUGAAGCCUAUCCUUUCUUUUUGUGAUCCUGACUAGACUACUAUAAUGUGUUGUAUUUGGGUGUGAGUCAGGCCUCUCUCUCUCGUUUGCAGCUUGUCCAGAAUUCAGCUGCCAGACUUUUAACAUGUACUAAGAAGAGAGAGCAUAUUGCUCCUGUGUUAAAGAAAAUGCAUUGGUCACCCAUUAGAUACAGAAUUUAAGUGUUGUUGUAUGUUUAUAAGGCUUUGCCUGGUCUUGUACCAGAAUAUAUAUCAGAUUUAAUCAGUCCUUGUAGAUCUAGUAGAUCUUUGCGCUUAAAUGACCCAGUUGCUCCUUAUGUUUCCACGUUCCUGUUUAAAAUGCAAAGUUAACCGUAGUUUCUCUGUUGCAGCUCCCAGGCUCUGGAAUGACCCUCCAUUGGGUGUAAAAUCCUCCCCUACAUUGGGUUUAUUCCAGAGUGUGCUUAAAACGUAUUUGUUUUCUCUAGCAUUCCAUAAUGUUUUUUGAUUGAUGUAUGUAUUAUGUUUGUAUUUAUUUUGUAUGUCUUGAUCUUGCCGUUUCAUUUUAAUUUUAUUGUUUUUAUUGUACAGCACUUUUGUUCCACUUGUGGUGUUGAAUAAAGUUGAGUUGAGUUAAAUAUACAGUUUAUCCAUGCCAGUUAAGUAAUUAUAUUUUCAUCAAAAUAUCUAAUAAUCAACAUGUGUGAUUAUUCUUAAUGGAUGUUUUUUUUGUUAGUUUGCAUUAAUAUUUUUGCGUUUUGUAAAUUCCAUGUGGCAGAGCAUGUUUUUCAAUAUAGCCUAUAUUGUGUUUGUGGGUUUUGCCGUUUAAUUCUUCUGUGAAUAAAAGCAAAGGUGGAGGUUGA